CUCGGACGAUGACGAACACCGACUUCCACGUCGAUGAUGAGACAGGGCAGGACAGGACAGGUCAGGUCUCGGAUUGUUGACUCAGACAGACGAAGUUGAACACCAGUGAACAUAACGACUGCUUUCACCUAUGCCCAGCAGCCGCGAUGAAUACAGCCUGCAGCGAAUGAGCCACCUUAUGGGCGGCAAGAGGCAGAGUGACGAUGGAGAGCGGAGCCUCAUCGGAGCUCCCGCCGGGGACCGCGCCUCCGUCACCGGCGGAGGCAUCGUGGACCAAGAGCCCACCACGCCGGGAUUCGUUUAUGUCUUGGCGUUUUUCUCCGCCCUGGGAGGAUUCAUAUUCGGAUAUGACACCGGGGUAGUCUCCGGGGCUAUGUUGCUCCUGAAAAAGGAGAUGAACCUUAGCGCCUUGUGGCAGGAGGUGCUCAUUUCGAGCACCGUGGGAGCGGCGGCGCUCUCCUCCCUCAGUGGAGGCACCCUGAACGGGCUGCUGGGACGCAGGGUGUGCAUCCUGGUGGCCAGUUUCAUCUUCACCGUCGGAGGCAUCCUCCUGAGUGUUGCUCCGGACAAGUUGGCCCUCCUCCUCGGCAGGAUUAUAAUAGGCUUGGGUAUUGGUAUUGCCUCUAUGACAGUUCCUGUGUACAUAGCAGAGGUGUCACCCUCCCAUAUGAGAGGUCAGCUUGUCACUAUUAACAACCUUUUCAUCACCGGCGGCCAGUUUGUUGCCAGUGUGGUGGAUGGGGCUUUCAGCUAUGUGCAGCACAACGGCUGGAGGUACAUGCUUGGUCUGUCUGUCAUCCCCUCCGUGCUGCAGUUUGUCGGCUUUCUCUUCCUGCCUGAGAGUCCCCGCUGGCUCCUCCAAAAGGGAAAGAGCCAAGAGGCGCGCAGAGUCCUGACCCAGAUCAGAGGAGGCCUGAACGUCGAUGACGAGUACGACACCAUCCGAACCAGCAUUGAAGAGGAGGAGAAGGAGGCUGGAAAAGGUGGAGUUAUUAUUUGCCAAAUCCUCAGCCACCCUCCAACACGCAGGGCACUCAUCGUCGGCUGUGGCCUCCAGAUGUUUCAGCAGCUGUCUGGUGUCAAUACUGUCAUGUACUACAGUGCGACCAUUCUGCAGAUGGCAGGUGUGCGAGACGACAAGCAGGCCAUCUGGUUAGCCUCAACAAGCGCCGGUGUCAACUUCCUGUUCACCUUGGUGGGGGUGUGGCUGGUGGACAGGGUGGGCCGCAGGAAGCUGACCCUGGGCAGCAUGCUAGGCACUGUCCUGAGUCUGGUCCUGUUGGCUGUGGGGUUUUUACUGUCAGCCCAGUUCUCUCCCCCCAUCACCCUGCACCCAGCUGACCCUCUCAACUCCUCGUGCACACAGUACGGGUUCUGUGAUCGCUGCAUGUUGGAUCCCGCCUGUGGAUUUUGUUUUUUUGAAAACAGCACCGCAGUGUACGACACCUCCUGUGUUCCAGUUGAUCCGUCAUCCACAGAGCAUGCAGCCUGGGGCAGCUGUACCAACCUGACCAAGGUCAGUUACGGUCCACUGUGGGCGUACAACUACUGUCCCACGUCCUAUUCAUGGAUCGUCCUGCUCGGCCUCAUCCUGUACCUCGGCUCUUUUGCUCCAGGCAUGGGUCCCAUGCCCUGGACCGUGAACUCAGAGAUAUACCCUCUGUGGGCCCGCAGCACUGGCAACGCCGCCUCAGCCGGGGUCAACUGGAUUUGCAACGUCCUGGUGUCUCUGACCUUCCUUCACCUCGCUGAGUACCUCACUUAUUAUGGGGCGUUCUUCGUCUAUGCGGGCCUGUCGGCGCUGGGCCUGCUCUUCAUCCUGGGCUGCCUCCCAGAGACCCAGGGCCUCCAGCUAGAGGAGAUUGAGAGCCUGUUCUCCGGUCCACUUUGCUCCUGUGGAGCCUCUUCACACAACGGCAAUCGCAACAUCCAGUACAUCCGGGUAAAAGGCAGUAACUACCACUUGUCUGACAACGACGCUUCUGAUAUAGAGUAAACCAAGGAGAUCCUCGCUGCUUCCCCUCUACCUUUUGGAUUUCUGUCUUUUUGCUUGCGGACUGGGAAGACUACUGAUGUGGGGAGGAAGUAUCAUAGUGCCCUCUAGUGGUUGUGUCUGGUGAUAAGCAAAAAAUGCCUGGAGUUUGCCUCCCUCUGGUAGCUUUUGUCAAUCAUCUCUUUUUUCUUUGCCUUUGUUUUACACCUGCAAUUAGCCUGCUUUCAGAUCUUCAGUCGCACAUUCCCCUUUAUUUUAUGUCAUUCCCAUUGUGUCAUCAUGACAGGAAUCACAAAACAGAACAUCUCAGGAUCAAGGUGAAAGAUAUUCACUUGAACUGUUUGCUCCAAAAUGAGAGAUUCAUUAUUUGAAAACAAAAGACAGCUGCAUUUCAAAAUGUUGGAUGGCACUAAACUCACAGAUAAUGGUACUUUUUCCAAAGGUGGGAAGUGACUGAAUCCUUGGCUGGCACACUCACAACACUUGAACGAACUGAUCCUCUGUACUUAAAGGAUCUGCUCUGUGUAUUUUAUUGAUUUAAUUGUUUAUUGUCAACCUUUUUUAUGAGAGGGUCGCAACCAGCAGUGAUUUUCUCCCACUCACCACCAUGUGUGUUGUAGCCAUCAGCAGGAAUGGCAACAUUACAGCGGUAUGCUCAGAAACCUCGUACACCCAAGUUCGCUGGGUGAGAUUAAAACCAGUGGAGGAAAUAAUGUUGAAAAAUAUGUUGCUGUGGCUCAACACUAUCAAAGAAAACCAGUGUCCAUGUUAAAUAUCUCAGUGUUGCCAUUUUUCUAACUUUGGUUACAACGCAGGUGGAGGUGACUAAGAGGAAAUUCUUGCAGUCUUCUCAUCGACCAUGCUGACAAUAAAAACGGAUAAAUACAUUUCAAAAAAAUUCCAGCCUCAUCAUAAUUUUAAUGAUGAACUUUGGGGAAUGAUUUUUUUUUCACAAAAUGGGUGUAUAGCACUUUAGAAACAAGGUCUUCAUUUGUAUUCCAGAGAUGUCAGAAACCAUCUGUCCAGGUUGCUGAAUCAUCAUAACCGAGGCUUUCCUUUAAUUUCUGUGCAGUAUUAUUGCAAGAUAGUGCAAUGGACUGAUUGGUGGUCAGUAAUCAUGCAGCACAAAAACUAAAACAAAAUACCAGCAAGUGGGCAAUUGUCUGCUAGCCUUAAUGAUGUAUACUGUAUACACUAUAUGUAUAUAUCCUAUGUACACUGAUCAAGCUUCCAUGUUUCUAAAUUGAAAUGAUUUCAUAAAUAAGGGAUCCACAAUGUGGAGAAGAGACUAUUUCAGACACUACCUUUGAUUUCCUAAGAGUUUGCCUUAUAUGUAUCUCUCUCUGGAAUAUAUAGGGGUGUUUUGUAGACCUUUGUAUUCUGUGGUGGGCUGGGCUCUUUCAGAACACACUCCUGUUGAAAUGACUAACAGGAGUAUAAUCUUUUGCUGAUAGAAGAACACAAUCGAUGAGGGGUUGCUGCUAAUUGUGUGCACAAUGGGAGAGGUUCCAUUUUAAACCAAAACCAUGUCUUAUUUUCUUUUUCUUUCUUUCUUUUCUUUUUUUUUUAAUAUGCGAAAUUGUUAGACUCAGUUGUGUCUCCAAUGUCUUUUUUGUUUAUUUAUAUUUUUUCUAGAAGGGUUUGGAUUUCAGGCCAGCACAGGACGGAGCCGCUGGGUUAGACAGUGGCAUAGCCUAUAUAACUGUAAGUACAGUAUUAAGGCACUAAGUGUUACAGGAUUAAUCCGUUUUCUAUAAUGCCGCAUAAACUAAAUAUGCCUUUUAACGUUCAUUUUCAUCUCCUCAUUUCCACAGCUCAAAUAAUUACCAAGUAGCCCUGAAUUGUACAAAUGGCCUUUGUACACAACAUCUCAUCUUCAGUGGCACACAAUGAUAUGUGCUUUGCUUGCUUUCUUAUUAAAAUCCAACACUGCAGCCUCUUUAUUAUAAUAAACAGGAAAGUAAAAAAUGUAAGCUCCAUGCGGCCAGCAAGAGUCGCUGUUUAGUCGUGUCUUAUUUAAGAACCAAUAUUGUCUGUUUUCAGUGAUACCAAGUUCUUAUGCUCAUCUGGAAAAUGAAUUGAAUAAUUUUCAGAUGGUGAAAAUGUUGUGGAUCAAAGAAAAUCCUAUAGAGGUACGGGAACAAAAACCUUGCUAAUUUUGUAUGACUAUACAUUUUGUGUUGUUGUCCACAGUCAUUACAUGUUUUAAUAUUUGUUACUGGGAGAAUAACCCUUCAACUGUAGAUGAUAUGGCCUUAAUACAAUUAUACACCCCUAAAUAUGGGCAUAAAUCAUGUUGAUUGCCAGCCCAGGCAAGAAAUUAAGAUCUGGGAAAAAAGUAUGUCAUAUUAAAAUAGAACUAUCAACACUGGUGGUAGUUAAACGCCAGCGCUGCCAUUUUGUUCCAGGCUAAUUUUACUCUCAGGUGGACAGUUGUGAGCAUGUGUAGAGGAACAUUUGGAUAAUUCCCCAACACGUUCAGCUAAAAGAAAAAUCAUAUGAUUUUCAGUCGCGAUAGGCUACAGAUUUCUACUGCACUAACCUUGGGAUAAAUAAGAGGUGGGCUGUAUAUUUUGGUGAUAUAUUAUUCUUAUGAUGUGAAUGAAAUUAUAUGCUCUGUAUGUCUCCUUUUAUAUGUCCUGUUAAUUAAUAUGAUCAUCUGGAAAUAAAUACACUCU